UGGCCAGGUGUGUGUCCCAUGGCCAGGUGUGUGUCCUGCGGCCAGGUGUGUGUUCAUGGCCAGGUGUGUGUCCUGCGGCCAGGUGUGUGUUCAUGGCCAGGUGUGUGUCCUGCGGCCAGGUGUGCCUCCAUUGGAUGAUGCACUCCACCAAACAGGGCAGGUGCUCUGCUGCCCUUGCCCUCACACCAUGAGCUUGCGUUCGUCUCCCGGGUGCCCUCACUUGUUGGUGGGUAUAUGACAGGACUGGCUUUGCUGUCCAGGUUACUUCCAUUUUUAGGGUCACAGUUGCCAAGCAGUGACCGGGCAGCUGGCCAUUGGGCAGCUGUUUUUCUUCUUUGGCCAGGUAGGCUGGACCCCACAGACAUCUUCCUGAUACUGAGAGAUUUUCAAAUGAAACACAAAUGCAGCUGCCACCCUAAGCUUCCUGGGAUGGAGCAUGUCCCUGGAUUCCCGCAGCCGAUGAAUCUACUGAGAGGAUCACUACCUUCGAUUACUUUUAGGUCCGUGUCCUCGUGCCUUUUUCCCUAAUGAAAAUGUCUUGUCUUCGCACGACAAGUCUCUAUGAAGCACGUGGUUUUUAAGCUGUCCUGACUGAGGAAUAACCUACUUCAGCACUGGCCGUGCCGCCUGUGAGGUUGUUACUCCUCUGUACACGGCGCUGAGCUCCCUCCCCCUUCCCAGAGGUCUUCCUGGUUCCUGGGGUCUGUUUCACUGGCGAGUAGAGAUUUGUGCAGGUAGGAAAGCAGGUGAUGACGCCAACACUUCCUCUGUUGCACACGGCGCUUUGGCUCUCCCAUCGUGUGGCCAGCAAUCAGUCGGAUGCGCUAGUGGAGUGAGGUCACACUGGAGCAGAUGGUCCCAGGCCAGCACGACUGGUGUCCUUAUAAGAAGGGGCACAGGGACAGACGCGCACACAGGGAGAUGCCGUGGAAGGGGGAGGAGGGGUGGGGAUGGUCCACAAGCCACGGUGGCCAAGGGGUCAGCCACUGGCAGGUGCACCGCCCUCAGCCUUCAGCGGGAGGGACCUUGCUGACACCUCUGUCUGGAUUCAGGCCUCCAGAUGAUGCUAGAACAAAAUUCUGUUUUUUAAGCUGCCUGGUCUGUGGCACCUUGUCCCAGAGAAACCAAGGUAGGCAGCGGAGAGAGAGGAUGUGGCACACAGGCUGGGAGACACAGGCAGAAUGCACGGUGGAGGGGUGCCGCAUGGAGAUGAAUAAGGUACUGCAGCUGCCCGAGGCCCCCCUGGGGUCCUGGAGGGUCCAGAUCUGGUCCAGGGCCUCCUCCCGGGAGCUGGGGGGGGGGCAGGGGGGGGCAGCAUUCUGGAAAGUUUAGAGUGAAGGCUGUGGCGGCUCAAGACUUCUGUAGGAAGUCUUCCCCUUUGUGUUUUGUUUUUAGGAUGUUCCUUCAAAGGCGAGGACACAGGUGACUUAACCUAGAUUUUCCGUUUGGGUAAGAACUUCGCUUCACUACUGAUGGACAUUGUCCUUGUUUCUGGAACAUUUGCUUUGUGUUCUGAGAGUUUGCUGUAUGUGUAGGAUUCUGUCCAAAAUUCGUGUCCAUGCUGAGGGCCUUGAACCAGAACCUCCCUUCCCUGCCCCAUCCUCGCCGGGCCCCCUGGGUCGGUGCUCCGGGCCUUCCUCCCACCUUCCUCCUGCACGCACCCCGGCCACCGGUGUGGGUAACUGCCCUUCUUGUCCCCACAGAGUCUGUAGGAGAGGUGACACCACGGCUUCCCAAUGAACAACCGGAAGGAAGAUAUGGAAAUCGCGUCCCACUACCGGCACCUGCUGCGAGAGUUGGACGAGCAGAGGCAGCACGGCGUCCUGUGCGACGCGUGCGUCGUGGUCGAGGGCAAGGUGUUCAAGGCCCACAAGAACGUGCUGCUCGGCAGCAGCCGCUACUUCAAGACGCUGUACUGCCAGGUGCAGAAGGCGUCCGAGCCGGCCACGGUCACGCACCUGGACAUCGUCACGGCCCAGGGCUUCCAGGCUAUCAUCGACUUCAUGUACUCUGCCCACCUGGCCCUCACCAGCCGGAACGUCAUCGAGGUGAUGUCCGCGGCCAGCUUCCUGCAGAUGACGGACAUCGUGCAGGCGUGCCACGACUUCAUCAAGGCCGCACUGGACAUCAGCAUUAAGCCGGACGCCUCGGAUGAGCUCUCGGAGUUGGAGAUGGCUGCCCCGCCCGGCAGCAGUGCCGACGCGCUCAUCUCCGCCGUGAUGGCCGGAAGGAGCAUCUCCCCGUGGCUGGCUCGGCGCUCCAGUCCCACCAAUUCUUCUGGAGACUCGGCCAUUGCCAGCUGCCACGAGGGAGGAAGCAGCUACGGCAAAGAGGACCAGGAGCCCAAGGCCAACGGCUCUGACGACCUGUCUUCGCAGGCGCUGUGGCCCGGCGACGCGGGCUAUGGGCCCCUGCACAUCAAGGAGGAGCAGAGCUCGCCCUCUCACUACGGAGUGAGUGAGCCGCCCGCGGCCAGGGAUGGCUCGACACAGAACUCUUUUUCUGAGCAGGUCGGAGGGGAUGGCUGGCAGCCCACGGGCCGAAGGAAGAAUCGGAAAAACAAAGAAACCGUCCGGCACAUCAUGCAGCAGGUGGAGGACGAGAGCCAGGCCGGGUCCCCGGUGCCAGCCUUCUUGCAGACGUCCGGGCGGCCAUUCAGCGGCCGUGACUCAAAUUCAGACUUGACCGUCACCGAGGCCAGCAGCUCCGACAGCCGAGGGGACAGGAUGGACCUCUGUGCCCACGUGGACGAGGGUCUCCUGGGGGCAGAAGCCAGCUACCUGGGCCGGCCCCUCACCCCCGAGAAGGACGAGGCGCUGCAGCAGGCCACCGCGGUGGCCAAUCUGCGGGCGGCGCUCAUGAGUAAGAACAGCCUGCUGUCCCUCAAGGCCGACGUGCUCGGGGACGACAGCGCCCUCCUGCUGGAGUACCUGCCCAAAGGCACCCACUCCCUGUCUCUCAACGAGUUCACGGUCAUCAGGAAGAAGUUCAAGUGCCCGUACUGCAGCUUCUCGGCCAUGCACCAGUGCAUCCUCAAGCGCCACAUGCGUUCCCACACAGGCGAGCGGCCCUACCCCUGCGAGAUCUGCGGGAAGAAGUUCACCCGGCGGGAGCACAUGAAGCGGCACACGCUGGUGCACAGCAAGGACAAGAAGUAUGUGUGCAAGCUGUGCAGCCGGGUGUUUAUGUCGGCCGCCAGCGUGGGCAUCAAGCACGGCUCACGGCGCCACGGCGUGUGUGCCGACUGCGCAGGCCGUGGCGCGGCCGGGCCGCUGGAUGGUGUUGGGGCCGUGGGCUCCCCUGAGCUGUUCUCCAGUGACGGGCCCUACCUGGAGGACCCCGACGACCCUCGCGGGGACGGCGAGGAGGAGCUGGGUGAGGACGAGGAUGAUGGCCUGGCCCCUGAGGACGCGCUGCUGGGGGAGGACAAGGAAGACGAGGACUCGCCUCGGGGGCCCCGCAGCCCCUUGGGGUCGGCUGGCAAGGACUUUGCCUGGAUCUCCUAGGCCCUGGGCCGGGCACCGGGUGUGGUGGCUGUGCCACCCCUCCCCCCUGUGUGUGCAUGCUUAGGGGUCUCCCUUGCCCAG